AUGUCGUCGCUGGCUGCCGAGCUUCGCGAGGAGUGGCUGAAGGAAGCGGUGCUGUCCCGGGCCGAUGGAACGCGCAAGCGCGCUCGCAUGGCAGAUGGCUCGCCCUCUCAUCCGAUGAUGAUGAUGGAGCAUGUAGCAACCCACUCUGCCGAUGCAGACGACACGGUCAGAAGUGCAGGGAGUGAGGUGGACAGGCGUCGGACCGACCUCGUGUCCUGUCGUGCAAGCCAGAAUCUGGCGGCUCUAUCUGCCCAUGCAGAGGCCAUCCGUUCAAUGGUGCAGGGAGUGCGGAGGCUGGUGUUCGAACUUGAGGUCCAGACGGUUCAUGCGGACAGAAUGCAAGAGGAGAAAGAGGGAAGGGGGGAGAAGCUGCGGGAAAAGGAGAACGAGGAGAGAGGGGAGGUGCAGGAGGAGAGGGUGAGGGACGAUGCGGAAGAAACGACCAAGAGAAUGGAUGAGCCGAUGGGAGAUGGGCUUGCGGGUUCCGAGAACGAGACUCGGAAGCAAGGGUUCGGGGCAGGGUCAGGGUUCAAGCAAGAGGAAGGAGCACGCGACGAGGCAGAGAAGGAGCACGAAAACGAAGCAGAGGGAGAGGGAAGGCGGGGUACAGGGUCAGCAGAGCAAGGGGUAAAGCAAGGCGUAGAGCAAGGUGCAGAGCAGAGGGCAGGGCAACGGGCAAGGCAAGACCCAGAGCAAGGGGCAGGGAAAGGGGUAGAGCAACGACCAGAGCAAGGGGCAGAGCAAGGGGCGGAGCAAGGGGCAGAGAAAGGGGCAGGGCAAGGGGCAGAGCAAGGGGCAGGGCAAGAGACAGGGCAAGGGACAGAGCAAGGGACAGGGGAGGGGCGACCGGCCACUGUGGAGAGACAGUCAAUGAGGCAAGCGGUUGCAGGAGAGGUAGCUGUGCGCGAGGAGGUGUUUGACAAUCUUUCCAUCGUGCAGCCAUUUCAGCCGUUUGAGAGCUUGAGGGAGCUGCAUGUGAGCCGCGUGACCGACUCUAUUCUGCAGCAGGUGGGCGUGCUGGCGAGCCUUGAGGUCUUCUCCUGCACGUGCAGCACGAGGGUGAGUUCUAGGGGAUGGAUGCAUCUCAGGGGACUGGUGAACCUGAAGAGGCUGCUAGUGGCGCCAACAAUCAUCCUCAAGAGCUUGGGAUCAAACGACCGCCACUUUGGAGAAGACUUCCUGCACCACCAUUUCGGCCUCAAGCUACACUUGCACGAAUUCCGCCUUCCAGAGAUCGCCAGAACCUUCCAACGGCCUCCCAAGAAAGGAACUGCCGCUGCAAGUGAAGACCCCGGCAACCGCAUCGACGGGAGCAUAUGGGAGGUGGUAGGUGCCCUGCUGGGCCUGCAGCACCUGGAGGUGCACGCAGCCGAGCACAGCAGCACAGCAGUGAGAUCCGUCUCCAACAUGGGGCAGCUCAGAACCCUCCGCAUCACCGCCACUCUGCUUGACGAUUCUGACGUGCUGUGCUUGACACGCCUCUCGCUGCUCACCGACCUCAGCCUGGCUGCCUGCACGUUCGCAGCCGACCGAGCUGUGAGGUUGGUGGUCCAAGGCAUGACUCAGCUGCAGUUACUGGACCUAUCGGGAACGUCCAUCAGCCAAGGCGUUGCGGUGCACUUGCAAGCACUUGAGCGGCUGGAGCGGUUGAAGCUGCAGCAGUGCAGCAGCAUGAGUAGGCUGUUUGUGCAGCAUCUCAGUUGCGUUCCUGCGCUAAGGGAGCUGGAUCUGGGCUGCAACAACAUGCAGCAUGCGUGGCUGCUGCCAGUCCUGGAAGGGAAGAAGGUGACUCGGCUUAGGGUAGGGGGCUGCGGGUUCGUGGAGAGAACGUUGCGUGGGCUUCCACGGGCUUGGAUCGAGAUUGACUCAGAAUGGGAUGAUGAUUGA